UUCAUUCGACACAGCGGAUCAGAGAUCAGGAAAAGACUGCAGUGAGUCGAGCUGAAGGACGACUGGAGCGACUGGAGCAGGAGAUCAAUGAUCUGAGGAGGAGAGACGCUGAGCUGGAGCAGCUUUCACACACACAGGAUCACAUCCAGUUUCUGCAGUCAUAUUCAGCAACAUGGAUCCCAGGACCAGAAACGACUUCCUACAAUAUUCCCAUCAGUUCACUCUGGAUCUGAACACAGUGAAUAAACUCCUCCGUCUGUCUGAGAGGAACAGAGUGAUUACUGGUACUCUCACAGAGCAGCCGUAUCCUGAUCAUCCAGACAGAUUUGAUGCGUAUAAUCAGCAGGUGUUGUGUAGAGAGAGUGUGUGUGGACGCUGUUACUGGGAGAUUGAGUGGAGUGGGAUGUUUGGUGUGGAUAUAUCAGUGUCAUAUAAGAGCAUCAGCAGAAAGGGUUAUGAGUGUUGGUUUGGAUGUAAUGAUCAGUCCUGGAGUUUGUUCUGCUCUCCCUCCAAGAACUUAUUCAUUCACAAUAACAUACGUACUGAACUCCCUGUAGUGUCCAGCCGUAGAAUAGGAGUGUAUGUGGAUCACAGCGCAGGAACUCUGUCCUUCUACUGCGUCUCUGACACAAUGAGCCUCAUACACACAGUCCAGACCACAUUCACUCACACACUCUAUCCUGGGUUUUAUGCUUUUAUUGGAUCAUCAGUGAAACUGUGUUGAUGAAUCAGAACAUAUUGUUGAGAGAUUCUACCCAUAAUGCUUUGAGCUGCAUGAGAAAUAAGUAACAAUGAUUUGUUAUAGUC